GUGUCAUACCCGAAUGAGUUCACAACAGAGAGAUUUGCCUUUGUUUUUAUCACACGCUCUUUUGUAUUUUCGAAAGUGUAUCGCGUUGUACCAUACGAAAACUCAUACUUUUGGACGUAUUGCUCGGUUAGUGAUAAGAUGUUUCUUUGCUGCCAUAAGCUGAUCGUGUCUGGCGAUAGUUAUCAUUAAUUCAACUCGUAAAUGUCAUCCUUGACUCAAGAGAGAGUUGCCUCUUAGAGAGGAACUCUUUAUUCAAAAUGAGCCAGUUCUUCCAGCAUUGUGCAGAGCUCUGUUGAGAUCAACUCGCAUGGCCGCUGUUAAGUUCAUCUUGGCCGUCACCAGCGGUAACCUGGAAGGCGUACAGAUCUUGUUGAACAACGACAAAAACAAUGAUCUUGUCAAUUAUUGCGCAGAAGAUGGCAACACUCCGCUCAUUUACGCGUGCGCUCAUGGUCGCGAAAGCAUUGUUCGCUUCUUGCUGAGCAAGGGCGCCAAUCUAACUUCGGAGACGUCAACAAAUGUUUACGGUUGGUCUCCAUUGAUGGUUGCCUCUUAUUACGGCCAUUUAAAAAUCGUCAACCUUUUAUUACAACAGAGCGCGGACUGUGACGUUGUUAGUCACUGCAAUCGGCUGUUCGCAAUGGCAUUGCAUUGUGCUGCUCGAUGUAACCGUAUUCAAAUUGCCGAGUUGCUCAUAUCAAAAGGGGCGCUCGUCAAUAUCCCCAGUGAUAAGAUGGACAAGAGAUGUCACAGGUCCCCUCUAAUGGCCGCUGUUCAACACGGUCAUGACCAAAUGGCAUCGCUACUCCUAUCCCAUGGUGCUGCUGUUGAUUAUGGUGAUCCUUACACGGGCUGGACACCUCUUAUGCUUGCGGCAGCCAAUGGGCACAAGACCGCUGUCAAGAUAUUGUUGGAACGCGGCGCAGAUUGUAAUUUGGUUAACAAUCUUGGGCAGACCGCCUUAGCUAUUGCAAAGAGAAUGAGACGUAAAGAUAUUGAGAAUGAACUCAGACCUUGUACGUCCAGACGAGAGCAAAAUCCAGAAAGUUUGCUGGUCAAAUCCGUGGAUAUUGUCCUGGCAGCAAAAGCAGGGGACCUACAACAGAUACAGAGUAUGUCUUUGCAAAACGACUUCGAUGUAAAUGAGUCAAGGGAAGACGGGAGGACGCCAUUAAUGUGGGCUUCGAUUGGCAAUCACUUUCGUAUCGCUCUCUUCCUUGUAAAGAACGGAGCAGAUGUAAAUCUUCAGGAUAGCCAUCAUGGCUGGACGGCAUUAAUGUAUGCCAUUCACAAUAAUAACAAAAGCAUUGUUGGCCUGCUAGUACUAAAUGGCGCGAACAUCCAACUGGAGUCAUAUGACAAAAAGAUUCCUUUUGACCAAGCAACAGUCGUUGGUGAUUGUGAAGUAAUUCGUAUUUUGGGUGCUGCUUAUAGCCUCAACGGGGAAAAUGAAGAGAAAGCGAAGAGAAAUGCCAGUUGGAAUUAUCUCUUAAAAACACUGCAGAAAAACUUGUUUGAAGAUAAUAUCAACUUGUUAGUUCGAUGCAACACAGCAACGAAAGAAUUGCAAUUUUUGGACUUAUGUGAAAAUGGCAAGCAAGGUUUUAAGACGUCUUUGACUAAAAAAUUCAGCAAGCUUCAGUAUAAUUUUAACCGUACAAUGCAUUUGUUGAACAAGAGGCAACCCGUGAAACCGCAGACAUUGCGACCGCCGUCUCACGAAGCGCUUCAUCCAAUCAACGGCAAUCUCACCGGUAACUCGAUUUCAUUGACACGAGGAAGCAACGCGACAACAGAGGUAUCCGAAUCAACAACUACAACCAUAGACCUGACGGAUCCACUAAAGACCACGUUCUCGUAUUUCAAUGUUACUCAUUCAGACUAUUUCUUGGUACAGCCCCUGGCGGGUCCGUCCGUGAACGAAUGGAUUGGAGACAUUGUAGCACCCAUUGUGCCCCCCUUUACCCCUUCGACGACACGUGAUUUCAAUACGAAACAAAGAGAGCUCAUGGAUGCGUUACUCUCAACCUCGCCACAGGACGACCUCGAUGAAUAUCCCUACGGGUCAAAACAUAAAAAGGAUAAAAUACACCCGGGGACGAAUGGUCGCGUUCACAGUCGAACUCCAAAGCCUCCUGAUCUUCCGAAUCCCAAAAUGUGGCUAACUAAUGGCACAAACCUUGCACAUUCUCGUUUCAAGAUUGACGCCUUGUCUUACACUCCCCGAAUAUCACCGUCCCACGGCAAUGCUUCCACUUCUCAAAAACCUUUUUCAUUAUCUCCUGCACCUCCAUGCAAACCUCCUUCAAAACGAAAGGCAAACUCGCUUCCGAGAAUUGGCCGAACCUCCGUUAUUUCUACUUCCCAAGGUUCAUUUUCGAAAACGAUGUUCGAUUCUGGUUAUCCAGAGAUGAUGAAGGAUUUAUUGGAAAGGCUUUCACUACAACAGUACACCACCAUACUGGAAGAGCAACAGGUUGAUGUUAAGACGUUCUUGACGCUAAACGUGUCGGAUCUUAACGAAAUUGGAAUAAAAAAACAAGAGGAACAAGAACAGAUUUUAGCUGCAGUGCAGUUACUAAAAGGCCAACUAAGGGAAGGCGGAUCAAAUGCGUUAAAAACAGAAGCUUCAGUAUCGUGAAACCGUAGAUGGUAUUUUUCAACGAAUGGUUCUCCCAGGUUUGAAAAACACAGAAUAUGUCUUUGCGGACGAGUUGAGGUGAAAUGCAAGCUUAGAGUUUUCGAUAUUUCUCUGUUUGCAACGCAAUAUUGUUUAUAUUUUCUUGGAGGCUGUCUCGAAUUUUUCUAAUUUAUACAUAAGCGUUUCCAUAUUUCGCAUUUGCGAAACAAACUUCCUUUUGAAUUCCACAGUAAUGAUAGCUAUAACAAUCGCCAUAAUGUCAAAUAAUCUUUCCAUGAUCAUAUUUGUCAAUUAAUUGAAAUUGUGACGUGACGUACAACUUUGAGACCUUCUUUUGAGAUUUCAUUUUCUACAAAAUAUGACUUGUGAAGACAGAAAAAAUGAACAAUAUUUUGAAUAACCUAUUUUCAUUGUAAAAAGUAUAACACUCUUUGGCUUUUAUGUUUCGAUAAAUCUAAAUUGACAAAUGUUAGGGUUGUACCCGCUUAAGAGUUAAGGCAGAUUUAUAUAUUCUUCGCUCUUCUUUUAUAAAGAUAAAGAUUUUUUACCUUGCAGACUUGUAUUGUAUAGACUAACUAUUAGCAGUUUGUAAAACAUAAUUUUAACCCUACAACUGCCUGAGUGUUAUAAAGAGUUUUAUACCGUUUCUCUUUGACGUAAGAAAUUGGGGAAAAAUUGCAUCUUUUAGAUGCUCAUCGUAAUUCCAGCCUACGACGAAGCCUUUAUAAAUUGUAUUAAAUCGAUCGUGUUAGAUCCAAAUAAAAAUAAUUACAGUUAUGAAUAGUCAUUAGCUAUAACGGUAUUACUAAUACAGUUGCUAAUCUGUUUAUUAUAAUAACAAUUUACGUACAUUUGUUGCAUUA